AUGCGCGGGGCGGCUGCCCAUUAUCCUGCAGUUGACGCCUGGACAAGCGACGAAUACAUGAGCCGCAAAGCGCAACACGAUAUCAUUGACUUUGAGGUCCAUCGCGUGGAAGUUCGCAGCGCCGGCACAGGAUCAAUUGAUGUGCCGACGUUUCUUCAACAGUAUGCAAGAGCGGACGUGUACGCCGUAACUCCAGUGCCACCAGGGUUGGCAGAGGACGUGUACCUGCCAAGCAGCAUCGCCUGUGGAAAUUACACGGAAGUGAAAGCGAUGAUGUGGAUGGGUGGUGGUACCACCAUCAGUGUCACGCACACAGAUUCGUACGAGAACAUCAACUGCGUUCUUCAAGGCAAGAAGGUGUUCAUGAUUUGGGAGCCAGACACGCCCAUCCACAAGCACUCGCGGUGGCGCCGUUCAUUUCUUGAGGUCCCGAGCUUGGACAUUGACGAAGAAACAGAAAACAUCUUCAGAGGCCUCACCCACCACCGCGUCGUGCUGUCUCCCGGCGACUGCCUCUUCAUCCCGCAUGGAUGGUACCACAAGGUGUUCUCGUUUGGUCGUACAAUUGCCGUGAACACGUUCUUCCGCACUCCGUUUGUCUUCAACGCCUCCGUGUGCAGCGCAGACAGACGCGAAGGGGAUGACAUUUCCUCCAUUCCAUUGUCGCAAACCGUACUCUUUUACAGGCCGACAUGUCUCGACAUUUUGGAUGCGCUCCUGUCUGGUGCGCAAGUGUCGCUCGGGCGGUUCGUGGGCGGGAUGGGCUCUUCGUCCGCAUCGCAGCAGCAACUUGAGGUUUUGUUCAAGCGAUUGGAUGAGAACGAUGACGGGCUGCUGACGCGAGAAGACGCAACCGCGUUCCUCCCAUUCCACGUAGACGAAUCAGGGGAGUGGCAUCAGGCGUCGCCCUCGGAUGCCGGCGUCGUCGAGCAAGAAGGGCCACUGGCAUUCAAGCCGGCGUGUCAGGAACUGAAUUCCGUUCAUCUCUACGCACGGCGGGUGCCCGACUUGGAACAAUACAUGAAAGCAUGA